UUAUGUAUAGGAGAACAAAGAGGUGAUGCAAAAUAAUAAGCAAUUUGAAAUGCUGCCAGAAAUAAAACUUGUCACUUCUUCUGUGAUCUUGUGGAGUUAGUAUCACUUCAAUUUGAAUGCACGCUCCAUUGAAUGCUUAAAUGCUCGAACUGUAUUUUUGAAAAGAGCAAGUAAAUAACAAUUUAGCAAUGAUAACGAUAGUUAAUCAUAAUCGAUUGUUUCCUCAUCAAAUUAAUAAGAUCUGAUAUUUUUCAUAACCGAUGUCUCUGCUAUUUGGAGUGCAAUUGCAUCUAAUCGUUCACGUGGAAAUAGGCAAAGCAUUGUUUUCAUAUUUUUUCACUAGAGCAGACCUUGGUGAAUACCGGAUACCGGAGAGAACGUCGCGAUGACCUUGUCACGAUGCAUCAAUGCACCAAUUGUCACGCAUCAGACGAGAAAAAAAAUUGUUUCCAUUUCUUUUCUGUUCCGAGGGUCUUUCUAAUGUUAAACUUCUUCUGUAACUGAUGAUUUAAUUGCAAGAAAUAAUACGAACGAUUUCUCGAUGGUAUAUUCAUAAACAGGUUCUCCAGAGAAUUCAUUCUUUGAACAGUAUAGCUCACUGUUGUGAGAUUUAAUUGCUCCGGUAUUUAACUGCAGUGAUUAAAAUUUACAUAAUAACAGUGAAGUAAGGAAUAGCUAUUACUGGAGGAGUAAUUAGAGCUGAGCAUUAUUCCAUUUAAUUUUCUAUUCAAUCAGCAAAAAUAAUUUCAGUGUUUCUUUAUUUGUAUCGUUUUGGAAUAGAAGCUUUUAAUUUGUCUUAAUUAAUUACUCUAUACAUAUGAUAAAUUGACGUCGAAUACAAAAUAGAGCGAAAUUUUUCGUAAACGAAUCGCUUAGAUUUUUUCAUCGGGACUUCACUCUUAGGCGCAUUAUUAUAAUAUAAUCCAUGGUUAAUUAUUAUUAAACAUGGACUAGUUGAAUUUACGGUAUGCACGAAUGACUAAAAUUGGAGUGGGCAACGAGUGCCCAGUAGGACGUGGCCGACGUUGACGUCAAGAGUGCGGCAAUGACCAUACGAUGAAUUUAGCCACUGCGCUUUCAAAUAAAUCCCAUCAAUUAUAAUAACAAAACCAACAGGUAUCGAAUGUCUUAAUGAUGACGGAGUAAUUGGUUCCACUCCAAACGAAACAGCAACUUCUUCGCAAUUCGGUUCCCUAUUCAUCUAUUCGCUCCGUCAAUCAAUAUUUUUCCAAUUCAUUUUAUUCCCACAAUAAUUUGACCAUAAUUUUCCAUUGACGAUAAAGUAUUAAUAAUAUUGAUUUUAAUGUCAUAAAUAAAAAACAUUUGAAUGGAUUUUAAUGGUAAACAAUGGGACACCUCCUGCUGCAAAAUUGAUUUCAUUACAACCUCAUUUCAUCGGCCAGACACAUGAGGAAGUUUGUCUAGAUGAAGAGUACCUCAACUGGUGCCAAAAAAGCUCGAGAUGUUAUUCGGUGUCAUUGGCUGACAGUCAAACGUUGGCUGCCGUUGAGAUCACAUCUUCAGAUACUGAACUAUUUAUUCAAAUGUGAUUGAGACCCUCGGAUCAGUGAAAUAUAAUAGAACAAGAUGAGAAGAAUGUAUUGGCGUAUCAACAAGUGGAGUCUUGUUAUUACGUGUUGAAGAGCUCGAGACUAAAGUAUUCAGAAGCAUAAUUAAAAGUUGAUUAUUAAAUGACACUUUUUGUGAUGAAAUAGUUGCUCUCGCUGUAUGAGAUUAUGUUGACGAUUGUGAUAGAAACAAUAGCUUCGGGUGCAAUUGUGGCGCGAGGAAUAGUAAAGUCUAAAAAUAAUAGCUGCCUAGUCUAGCCAAAUUUCGAUGAAUUUGGGAGCUUAGGGGGCUGCUCUAGCGAGGAAGAUUCGGAUUCAUUAUUUUACGAUAAUAGAUGUGAUUGAUGAUAUCAUCGUAUUUUAGAAUAAUGAAUCUGACGGCAUCUUCAUGAGACGAAGUGGUGAAUAAGUUUCUAUGCCGGCUACUGUACUCAACAGGGCAUACUUCGUAUGUAACGAUGAAUAUCUUAUGUAUGGUCGUUACACCAAGGAUCUCAGUGAAUUCGCGAAGGAAGAGGCACGCAGAUUGAAAUCGACUGAGAAAACCAGGCGAAAGCUCGAUAAAGUCAGAGCUGAAGAGCUGAGGAAAUCACGGCGUGGUCCCCUCUGCAGAAAAGUAGUAGCAUUAGUAGCAUUCGCAUGGAAGCACACGGGGGCGAGGCUAGGGGAGGACUGGGUCUUUCUGGCCCUGUUGGGCGUCAUAAUGGCGUUCAUCAGUUAUGCCAUGGAUCGAGGGAUAUCGAUGUGUAAUAAUGCUCGAAUAUGGCUGUACCAAGACCUCAUGUCCCACCCAGCCCUGCAGUACCUAGCAUGGGUCUCCCUUCCCGUCUGCCUGAUUCUCUUCAGCGCGGGUUUCGUUCACAUCGUCGCCCCCCAGAGCAUCGGUUCGGGAAUUCCCGAGAUGAAGACGAUCCUCCGAGGUGUUGCCCUCAAAGAGUACCUGACCUUUCGCACCCUAGUUGCCAAAGUCAUCGGCUUGACAGCCACCUUGGGCUCUGGUCUACCCCUGGGGAAGGAAGGUCCCUUUGUUCACAUUGCCAGUAUCGUAGCGACUCUCCUAUCGAAAUUAGUGACGUCCUUCCAGGGAAUAUACGAGAACGAGUCGAGGAACUGCGAAAUGUUGGCAGCAGCUUGUGCAGUUGGCGUUGCAUCUUGCUUCGGUGCCCCCAUUGGAGGUGUUCUCUUCAGCAUCGAAGUAACAACAGUCUACUUCGCUGUGAGAAAUUACUGGAGGGGCUUCUUCGCAGCUGUCUGCGGUGCAACAAUGUUUCGACUGUUGGCUAUUUGGUUUCAGCGAGAGGAGACCAUCACCGCCAUGUUCGCCACCAAUUUUACCAUGGACUUUCCCUUCGAUCCUCAGGAGCUCUUCGUUUUCGCCCUCAUCGGAGUUGCCAGUGGCCUGGGGGGUGCCUUCUACGUCUGGAUCCAUCGCCAGUACGUCAUCUUCAUGAGGAAAAACAAGAGCAUGAACUCAUUUCUGCAGAAGAAUCGAUUCCUUUAUCCAGGAAUGGUCUCGCUGAUGGUCUCCUCGGUGUCCUUUCCAAUGGGCCUGGGACAAUUCAUGGCGGGAGAACUGAAUACUCAUUAUCAGGUCCAGGGACUCUUCACUAAUUUCACGUGGACAAAGCCGCACCUGAGCGUCGAGGAGAUGAGCAUCGUUCAGCACUGGUCGACACCCUAUUCCGACGUAUUCCUGGGGCUCUUUGGAUAUGUUCUAUUCACUUUUAUUUUUUCAAUUAUCAGUUCAACAGUGCCGGUACCCUCGGGAAUCUUCAUUCCGGUUUUUAAGAUUGGCGCCGCCCUGGGAAGGAUGGUAGGGGAGGCUAUGGCUCUUUGGUUUCCCAAUGGGGUGAGAUAUGGAGGGCUCAACACACCCAUCACACCAGGGGGAUAUGCAACGGUGGGGGCAGCGGCCUUCUCAGCUGGUGUCACACAUACAAUAUCCGUUAGUGUUAUAAUUUUCGAAAUGACUGGACAAAUAACUCACAUUGUUCCUAUUAUGAUAGCCGUUUUAAUAAGCAAUGCAAUAGCAGCUUUAUUACAACCAAGUAUCUACGAUAGUAUUAUUCUUAUUAAAAAGCUGCCAUACCUUCCGGAUUUGCUGCCUUCAAGCUCUGGAAUGUAUAACAUUUACGUAGAAGACUUUAUGGUACGGGAUGUCAAGUACAUUUGGCAUGGAAUAAGUUAUCAAGAACUCAAGGAUACUCUCAAGUCCAACCGCAAAUUGCGGGGAUUUCCCCUAGUCGAUAGUCCUGAAUCGAUGAUACUUCUGGGAUCGAUUCAGCGCCUAGAAUUAAUUAAGUUGAUUGAGAAGCAAAUUGGACGAGAGCGAAGACUUCAAGUAGCUCAGAAGCUCCAGAAGGAGGCGGAAGAGCGCGCCCGUGAAGAAAGAGAGCGUCAACUUCGGGAGCAAGAGCGAACCCGACGACCCUCACGUUUCGAAGUGAUUCCUGCCCCUGAUAUAUUGAAGCUCCAACGACAAAGUGUCAACGACUUGUCGUCAAUUCCUGGGAAUCAGCCGGAGCAUCACACCUACCAUACACCGAUGUUUGGCUGCCAGCCGAAGAAGUCAAUCCUCAAGAAGACCAACUCCUUCACGCUGAAGGGCUUCAGCCCUCUGGUGAGCCCCGCCAUGACGCCGUAUACGACUGUAACUGGGGCCGAGAGCAGAAUUCGAUUAGCCUUCGAGGCGAUCUUCAAGAAGUCAGCGACUCUUCAGGAUGUCGAGCCCGACCCUGAGGUGGCUAUUGUCAGUAGCACAGCUGAUGGAUCUACUGCUGGUGUUAAUCAGUCGAUGCUGCCGAGUCCCGCGACAUCGAAGAAGGUUCAACUGCCGAGGGAACGGGUCAUUGACAUGUCCGCUGAGGACCAGAAGAUUUGGGAGGAGAGCGAAAUGGCGAAGGACGUUGACUUCUCGAGGUGUCACAUCGACCCGGCGCCCUUUCAACUGGUCGAGAGGACCUCCCUCAUCAAAGUCCACAGCCUCUUCAGCAUGGUUGGCGUCAACCACGCGUAUGUCACGGCUAUUGGAAGACUUGUUGGAGUCGUGGCGUUGAAGGAGCUGAGGAAGGCUAUCGAGGACGCCAAUGCUGGCGUUCUACCGGCCCAUGCUGACACCAGUCAAUCGAUUAUUUCAGUCUCUGGUUUGGGGAAGCGACAAGGCUCGGAGGAUAUCAACGACGAGCGGAAUCAAGGGGAUUUGCAGGAAAUCAAUUCCAUUAAUAAUGACAAUGAUGAGCAUGGGAAUGAGUAUGGCGGUGACAAGGCUGAAGAUGAGGGUGAUCGGGAGAAGAAGGAGAGUGUGUAAGGGGGGCAGAUGUGUAUGUGUCAUUUUCGGAAACUUUUUUUGUCUCAGUGGCAUUUAUUGGCAUUCUAGAAAAUUUGCCAUUUUGUGCUUAUAAAAAAUGAAGAACAUUCUGGGAACUUCCCAUGAUUUGAGAAUAAUUCUGGAAAUUUUUGGAAAACUCCAGGGAUUGAUAGGUGUUUCGAAAAAAUAUGACACAAAUGGAAGAUCAUAGACGUAUAAUAUUCUCUAUCCUUGGUAAAUUUACUCAGUCCCCUUCACCACUUUAUCGUUAAUCUUCACCCAACGAAAAACUAAUUUUUAUUAUUAUUGGACGAAGUUUAACAUUAGAAUUGUUUAUUUCAAUGCAGACAUUGUGAUAGUCUUGUCCAUCGAUGAGACCUGAUUAUAAGGCUCCAAUAACGUAAUCAUAUAUAACGAUUAUCGAACAUAACGAUAGGAGCACUAUUUGUAGUACUCACUGUUGGAGAAAUUGCGCCGUCACGAUUGAGGUAUUUUAUACUGAUUUAAUUACGAAUGAAAAGUGAACGAAUCAUUCAUUCGAAAUAAUUUGUAUAUAUUUAUGUUGGACAUGUAUAUGAACAUAUCGACGUGAGCUAUUGACUUGUGUCAUGAAUACGAUUGUGCCAAUAAUAUUUCUUUGCCAUUAUGAAGGAGCAGACAUGUGGAUUACCGAACGCCGAACAAAUAAUUUAUAUAUAGUUGUAUAUCACGUUAAAUAAAAAUUUACUGUCUUUGAAUCUUUAGUCAGGAGAACGGUCUUUAGGAGACUAUUUUUACAUUCCAUCCAGGAGGAAGUAGAUAUUGAAAUGAAUAUUGUCGACUGAAACAGCUAUUGUUGAGGACACUCAUCAAUCCGCUGAAUUACACGUCAUGUAGAAUUGAAUGUUUGUAAAUAUAUGAAAAUAAUUUAUUGUACAAAAUGA